CUGAGUACGGGAAAUAGCACCGAUUGGAUCCAUCAUGAUCAUUCCAGUUGUAGCAUAGGCACAGGAUAAACACUUCGCUUAUAAGUAAUCAACAGUGGCUAUAGAGAAGGUAGAAAAGAAUGGCUGCUGAGCCUGGGCGUGUGCUGAAACCUGUCAACAGUUCCAGUGGUCCAGAUCUCACUUCUGCAGUCAAACCAGGCACAGUCAAAGUACAGGCCAAAGAGAAAGCUCCAACCUCUACAGAAGCAGCCAGAAAAAAAUGGACACUUGAAGACUUUGAUAUAGGGAGGCCUCUUGGUAAAGGAAAGUUCGGAAAUGUUUAUCUGGCCAGAGAGAAGUCAACCAAAUAUGUUGUUGCCCUUAAGGUUCUGUUCAAGUCACAGUUACAGAAAGCUGGUGUAGAGCAUCAACUUCGUCGUGAGAUAGAAAUACAGUCACAUCUCAGACAUCCCAACAUCCUACGAUUGUUUGGAUAUUUCCAUGACAAAUCCCGAGUCUACCUCAUACUGGAGUAUGCACCGAAGGGAGAGCUCUACAAGGAGCUGAUGAAGGACAAAAGAUUUGAUGAGAAGAGAACCGUCACUUAUAUAAACCAGUUGGCCAGUGCCCUGAGGUAUUGUCACGGUAAAAAGGUCAUUCACAGGGAUAUCAAACCUGAGAACCUCCUCCUUGGACACACAGGUGACCUCAAAAUUGCUGAUUUUGGAUGGUCAGUUCAUGCACCCUCAUCCAGGAGAACCACAUUGUGUGGUACCUUAGAUUACCUACCUCCAGAAAUGAUUGAGGGCAAACUUCACGACGAGAAGGUGGAUCUUUGGAGUCUUGGCGUGCUAUGUUACGAGUUCCUGGUGGGAAAGCCUCCGUUUGAGGCGGAGACCAAUACAGACACGUACAGACGGAUAACAAAAGUGGAUCUUCAGUUCCCAGUAUAUGUGUCGGAGCCUGCUAGAAAUCUUAUUAAAAAUCUGCUGAAACAUGACCCAAACCAACGGUUAUCUCUGGACAAAGUUUUAGAACAUCCUUGGAUCAAAGACAAUCAAAAUCCUGUAACGUCAUAACAGACCCUAGUUCUCUCAAAGCACUUUUGUGAUCAUUUGAACCCCACGCGUUUAUUCUCAUAUUGGAGAUUAAAUGAUAAUAUUUACCCUCCUUAAGUAUUAGAUGAGACUCCCGUCUUACCAUCGUAGAGAAGGUGAAGGUAGCACAGACAUCGCAGACAUGACGGGUGAGAGGAGGUGUUGUAUAUCAUGUGAUAAUUUAUUGACCUCUGACCUUGGCUACUCAGGAAUUCUAUCUCCAGUCACCUAACACACAGAAAUGUCGAACUAGGCAAAUUGUGUAACGAAAGUUUUUCUCUGAAGACCUGUAUGGAGCAUGUGAGCAUCAACUCACAGCUAGGAUUCUUUCAUUAUCAAUGCAGUCAAGAGUCCCUUAAUACUGUGAGAAAUAGUAACACUCAGUGUAUUUGGUAAAUAUCUGGCACAGUAUUAGAUUAGAUUUUUGUUUGAAUAAACCUAUACUUUUUUACUUUGCAUUUGAAAAUGAAAGAUCAAUUAGCAAAACCAUAUGGAGAUUACAAAGGCAUUGAAAUUUUGCUUUAAUACAUGGAUUCCGUAUAGAAGUAUGCAAAAUACAACAGGAGAGGUGUGAAAAGCUGUCUAUAUGAGGCAAAUGAUUAAUAAAUUUGAAUGCAAGGAUUAACAUUUUCUUUGGAAAAUUAAAAAAUCAAAUUAUUUCAACACUUUUAUGGAUUUUAAUAAUGAGCGUGAGAGAAUGACCAUGUGCAUUUAAAAACAAAAGUCUUUGUUAAAUAUAGUAAUCUUUUGGUUUACAAUACUCUGGGUAUAUUUGUAAGAAUACUGUUUCUUGUUUAUAUAUUUCGAACAAGAUUGUGUGUGUAAUUUUGAAGUGAGUUGAAUAUUUGAUUGAAAUUGUAAAAAUCACAUUAUUUAUUUGUAUGUCCUGAAGAUUGAAAUCAAAGUAUAAAAAAUGUAUGAUGUGUAGGUGUGACUGUUGAAAUGUGUGAUCUUUUAUAAAGUGUAAUGCUGUUUUUAUUUCUUUGUCUCACCUUAACCUCUCAGAGAGUAUGUUGAUGUGUAAUGUCAUGAAUAUUACAGUUGGUACAUGUUUUUAUAUAAACAGGCUAUUAAAUCAGUUUACAUUUCAUGUGAAAUUUAAGAAAACUGGUCGGUGAGAUUCAUAAAUCUCGUGAAAUAGAACACACAUUAAGGAUGAAAUUUUAUCGCAAAUUACUUUGUAUGCAAGUACUUGCUGUAUGCCUGGAAACUUUUGCUUGGUCGAACUGUUGCCCUUAACUGGUAGAUGCAUACUUAUGCAGUGUUAGCUUGGCCUUCACAUAGAAUUACUAUAUGUAGUAUGUUGUAAUGAUAAAUUAACCAAAAUUAUGGAGAGUUAAAAAGAUGAAAACUGGACUGUGGUAAAAGUUCCAUGUGUACUGUAUUUUCUGGCCAUCAUCCCGUAUAUAACCAUUUUGACAUAAUGUCUAAUAUCUUCAAUUAAACAUCACAAUGUCAUCAUGUCCUCUCUGUUGUCGUCGUCUUAAUUUGGAUGUCGCAGUGAUUAGUGUUAUUAACCAAAGUAAUACGCUUAAAAUAUGACUUGGUUGUAUUCGUUGCAUAAUAGAGUUGUCAUGUGAGAAACAUAGGCAGAUAUAAGCAAACACCUCAAGAUUUGUUGUAAUAGUAAUGGAAAGAAAAAAACAAUACUCGGAGCUCCUUAGUGCUGUAUGAACCUCUAAGGAAGGGAAAGCACUAGGGAGCUGCUCAGAACUUAUAUAUAUAUCUAUACACACAGUAAAGCAUGUUUACUACAGUACUUGUUGGUGAAUAAUGUCAAGAUCUUGGAAGCCAAUUCCCAUUUGGUAGCUUUACUGAUGUCUAAGUUAAAAAACAGUGGGUUACUCAAAGGCAAUUUAUUUUUUUUAGUUUUGGAAUGAAAACAUAUUAUUAAAACCCAGAUUUGUACUUUAUUCUUCUAAUUUCACUUGUGGUGUUUCAAGUUUUUUGCUUGAAGCUGUUUAUUUCCACUCAAACAUCAUGUGACAAGUAUCACCAUAUUUGACAGUUGUAUUUGAGCUGAGGGAUUUUAUAUUUGUAGCUGAUAAAUUCACAUUCAAUUUGAAAUUUAAGAAAGUUGAAGACAACAUGAUUUAGUAAUCAUGAAAUAGAUACACGUACAUAUUGAAAGAUUAAAUAUACAUCAGAAGAAGAAUUUUGUACCAUAUUUGUCAUUAUUUGAUACUUGUCUGUAUAGUUACAUUUAACUUGAUAGAGAAUACAUGCUUCCUUACACAUUCUUAAGAUCUCACUUAAAAUUUGCUAUUAGGUAAGCAUGUCAGGGUAAUUUAAAAAUGCAUUAAUUAUCAAUACAUUCCUUUGUAUCUCAUAUGUUAUAAGUAGGUCCAUUUUACCAUUUAUGAGUGAACAUCAAGAUUCUUAUUUGUGGAGUUCUUUUUAGAAAGGAAAUACAUUUCAUAGUUAGGUAGCAUAUGUCCUUAAUAAAAUUGAGUUUUGCUUCACAGACAUUUAACAUUCCAACAUGGAAAUGUCCUAGGUGCAGAGUUUGUAAACAUUGCUAUUCUUCACUUAAACUUCUGACACCUUAAUAUAAAAUAUAUAACACAUUUCAGAUGAUAUCCAAUAUUGCCAGUGCUGUGUGUCUGUAUGUAAGUAACAAAGUGUGACUGAUAUAUACCAUAUAGCAGGAUAUUUCCGCGGGAAUGAUAGUGAUUGUGAUAUUUUUGUGAUUUAUGGGUUAAUAUAGUGAUUGCAAAAAUAUGAUCAACAUAAUAAUAUGACAAGCAUAAAAAAUGAGCUGCAAUAAUAAACUUCAUAUUAAAUGGUAAUGUCGUCAUGAAAUAAUGAUCAUGUGGUUGUAAUGAUUCAUUUACAUCGGGAGUAUUACAAGAUCAAUAUCGUGAAAAUGUAAGCCUGCGUAAAUAACCUGUUAUACGGCAUUGGUAUAAAUGAUAAUGAGAUGCUCCAAUCAGCAGUGUUUUAUGUACGAGAAUGGAAAUGGAUGAGUGAGUGUAAAGCAAGACAUGUUGAUUUUGAUAAAUAAUGCAUGUUUCUACUAUGUAAAUAAACAGUAUUAUUAUCA